GACGGCUUCGACAGACCCUGACGUGUUGAAUAGGAAGUGCGUCUGGGCCUUAGAGAGAAGAUCUUACUGCCGCAGCUUAAUGCAGCUGCUGCUGCAGCAAUCUAAUAAAGCUGCUGCUUUUGCUGCUAUUGCGAACUGUCUCCCUCAAUGCGGCCCUUACACCCUCUUCGUUCCUGUGGAUGAGGGUUUUGCUGCUACAUUUGCUGCCGCAACUCUAUCUAAGUUUGCUGCUAGGCUGCAGCUGGUUGCUGCUGCUGAUGAUGCUGCUGCUACUGCGCUGCACUGCGUCCCCUUCCCGACCUUCCAGCAGCACAUGCAGCAAGAAGAGCUGCUGCAGCUGCUGCAGCAGCAGCAGCAGCUACCACCUGCAGCAGCAGCAGCAGCAGCAGAAGCAGCAGCAGAACGUCUAGCCCUCUUCAUUAAGGCACAUCUUAUCGAAGGAGAGUACACCCUAAAGAAACUCCUCACCCAUCGGGGAGAGCCUGGUGCUGCUUCGACAGCAGCAGGUGCAGCAGCUGCAGCAGCAGCAGCAGGUGCAGCAGCAACUCCUGCUGCUGCUGCUGCUGCUGCUGGUUUGCGCGUGCUGCUGCAGGGGGCGGGAGAAGGGGGGUUCUCCUUAGGGGUCUCUUUAGGAGGAGACGAAAUUAAUAUAUUUAGACAGCUGUCUCCUGAUGCUGCUGCUGCUACGCUGCUCAUCGGCAGCAGCAACCUGCCUUCCCUCCCGCAGCAGCAGCAGCAGCAGCAGCACCACCACCACCACCACCAAGAGCAGCAACAGCACCACCAACAGCAGCAACACCAGCACCAGCAGCAACAGCAGCAGCAGCAGCAGCAACAGCAGCAGCAGCAACAGCAGCAGCAGCAGCAGCAGCAGCAGCGGCAGCAAGCGCUAGGACGAGGUUUAUUUCGGGUGUACGUUGAGGGGUCUGAGUUGCUGCUGGGCGAUUUGAGAGCAGCAAACGGCGUCAUUCAUCUUAUCGACAAACCUUUAAUCCCGAGCACCUUAAGAAAAGUUUAA